AUGGCCCUGCAUGUGUCAGAUCAUGUCGUGUGCCCGGCGCAUGCGAUGGAUGGCUAUUUCAGCUCGGAUGAUCGAGUGCCUUACAUUACUCAGAUUAUGACGCCAUCUGCGUCAGCUCAGCACUUGCUGGCUCUGUGUGAUGACGCACGCAUUCUCCUUUUCGACAAGACGCAGUUGGCGGCACCAUACGACACAAUUCGAGCACCAGAGGAAGAGGCAUUCACGGCUUUAUCUAACAUCGAAAGUAACAAUAAUGCAUGGAUGGGUACAUCUGUGAGUGGAUAUGUUGCCGUAUGGGAUGCGCGAGCUCCAACCAUGGAGCCACAAAUGCGCCUGACUGGUCCGAGCAAAUCGCCCUACUUGUCUGUGGCCUCAAAUGGGAUGUACGUGGCAACCGGAACAGAACUUAAAGGCUCCGAUGCAAUGAUCGAUGUAUGGGACCUUCGUCAGACAUCUACGCCUGUUCAUACGUAUAGCGAGGUGCACUCGGACGACAUCACGUCGCUCGUGUUUCAUCCAGACCGGACACAACAUGCGAAUAUUCUUCUUAGCGGUGGCAUGGAUGGUCUCAUUUGUGCUACUGACACAUCUAUCAAGACAGAAGAAGAUGCCGUUGUAUCAGUCGGGAAUACAAACGCUAGUUUGGCCCGUGUGGGAUGGGCUGCAUAUCCAACAUCAUACUGCUUCACCCCAUCAGUACCUGUUACCGAUGUGGAUAUGGACGACCAUGACCAACAGCUUGUGAAUAAUGAACGUUGGCACCAUCUCGGACCCGUCUAUGCUAUCAGCAACAUGCAGACACUGAGCCUAUGGGACGCUGACAAGUUUGAUUGUAUAAAGGAGGGCGUUGAAGUGCGUAAGCCAACGAGCUUCCGUCCGCCUUGGGUGACGGACUAUGUGAUUGAUGCGUGUGCUUCUGGUCCAUUGUCACAAAGGCCUGCCCAAGGGCCCAGCAUGCACAUGUACAUGGGCGACCAAGAGGGCGGGAUGGCGCUCGUGAGUGCUGAAGCACAGGAUCACGACGGCAUUGUAAUGGAAUGGACUAUGCAUGCCCGCCUUCCCAGUACUGAAAAUCAUCCGAAAGCGCAUGCCGAUAUUGUGCGAUGCGUCGAGUGGGAUGAAGCGUCGCGACGUCUGUAUACGGGUGGCGAGGAUGGGCGUCUGCUCGCAUGGUCUUUUGAGACGUCAGAUUCGCCCGUCACCCCGCAGGCUGUAAUGAAUACCUCUACUUCUUCAAUCGAAACCCCUCCAGCUAAACCAGCAAGAAGGCCCAGACCCACUGGACAUGACACUUUGAAGCGGCGUUAUUCGCCCUAUGCCUAA